GCAUUCAAAAAAGCAAACCAAGAAGACCCACAAAUGGAACUUGAAAAGGGACUCAAAAUCAAACUAGAUGAUUUUGCAGCUGCAGACGGUCCUUUCUUUUCAUCUAGAGAAACACACACCAUGUUCAUCCUCACUUCUCCUCUCAAAGGUUAUAGGAGAGGAAAUAUAAAGAUUGAGAUCAAUGAGGACGGGACUCGGAUUGAAAUCAGCGGUGAGAUGCCAGUUCAGGAGAUGAUGAAAGAGAGAGAGAUGAGGGGUUUCAGGAAGGCUUUCAGAAUUCCAUCUGGGGUGGAUUUGGAUAAAAUCAAAGCUAGGCUUAAUGAAGAAGAAUCAAUUUUGAUAAUUUCAAUGCCAAAGUUGGUUAAAGGGGUUAUUGUUGGGGGUGGGAUAGAGGAAGUGAAAGAAGAGGGGUUUGCCAGAGGGGUGUCUGAAACCGUGAAAGCUGUUGCCGAUGAGGUUGCUGAAAGAAAGACAUUGCAGAAGCAAGAAUAUGGAGAAUCGAGUACUGAAGAUCGCGAAAAAAGUGAUAGGAAUGUGGAAAAAUUGUCCGAAGCUUCUGAAUUUGGACGCGGGAAAAAAUAUGAAGACUCGGCUCAUGAGAAAGUAGAAUCUGCUGGAUCAAAAGUGGCGAUCCCAAAAGAAACUCAAGGUGAAGAACAGAAAAAGAAAGGAGUUCCAGAAGCAGAGACUACUGUAGUGGAAAAUCAGUUAAAAGAUGAUGAUUGUGGCACGAAGACCACCGAAUCAACAAAAUCCGUUCCUGAUCAAGCAAUUCAGCAGCCAGCAUUAUCAAGUCCACCAUCAGUUGAAAAAGGUCAAGCUGUUGAAGUACGCGCUGAUGAUAAAAUUCCGGGAGUGGAAAGCAAAAUGCAAAUACAAGAAUCAGAAAAACAGAAAACCAGUCGAGCUAUUCAAGAAUCAAAGGAAUCCAAAGGCAAACAAGAAGUUGAUCGUAAUGAAACUUCAGACAUGGAACAGCAUAAAGAUCAAUGUCAGUAUGAUAAAAAUCAAGAAGUUGCCAAAACAGAAGAAAAUCAUGGAACAGAAAAUGAUAUUCAAGAAGAAGAAGAAUCAGAAUCAGAAUCAGAAUCAGAAAAGAUAAGGGCUCUUGAAAAACCUCCUCAAGAGGCUAAAGUGGAUGAAUCUGCAAAACCUCCUCCGAAAAAGUCCAAGCUUCCUAUCAUGGCAGGAUCAGCCUUUCUCGUCUCUCUGAUAGUGAUCGUCAUUCAUUUGAUAAAAGCAAAAAACCAGCCAAGCAAUAUCAAAGCCAAAAAGCAUUGAAUAAGAGGUGCUUCAACCAUUUAUUUUCUUUGCUGCUACUGAUUGAUCAUAGUGUAGUAGAAUGAAUGGUAGUCAAUGGCUUUACCAAAGCCAACAUGUUAUAUUCCUACAAGACAGGGCACUGUGUAAGAACUUGUUCAGACACUGGGCUAUAUUAGCUACCAUGUCCUGUGUGAAUUGAUCGAGACUAUUGCAUCUUCUAAAGAUCAUAAAGAGCAAUGGCUGUUGUCAUUACU